CCCUCCCGUUGCGUACACUCUUCCAUACCAAAAUACACACCCAUACACUCAUCAUACACAUCCGUUCGGUUGCGUUUUUCUCAAUUGAAAGUGAGAGCACUGCUGCCGCGGGCGCUCGAUGUGCGCAAGCGAGAGAAUGAGCAGACGAUAGAAGAAGAAGAAAAGAAAAACGACAAAAACAACAACAACACGCAGCCAAAAACGGUCUGCAAAAUGCAGCACGCACGCACGCACACAGCCACAGGCGGCGUGUAAACAUUGGCCGCAUUCUCAAAACACAACCCUUCGCCGCCGCCUGCUGCUAACGGUGUUUGUUGCUUUGCGACUUUCGCUCUCUCUCUCUCUUUUGGUCUGCGCUCUGCUUGUGUGUGUGUGUUUUCGCUCCGGUGGAAUGUUUGAACCAUCGUUCUCCACCUUCCUACCCCUUCCGCCGAACCGCACUGUGCACAAGCGGGAAAGCAGAACGACAGCCGGUCGAAAGAGGGAAUCAAAUCGAAUUAUCGCACCUCACGCGGGCACACAUAUACACAUAGCAGCGUUGCUUCUUCCUAUUUUUUUUUUAAAUGCACUCGUGUCAACGGGCUGAUCGUUAGAUAAAAUGGUGUAAAGCAGGAAGCGGGGUUGCGCGUGGUGCAGGUGUGGUGGAGCUUCUGCUCGCGGGGCACAGGCGGAUUUGUUUACACUUGUUUGUAUACGCGCGCGCGGCCGUGUGAGAUGAUUCCACCCUUGCACAGCAACACGCACACAAAUGAGUGCGCUGCUCGCACGUGUUGUCUCGCUCUGUCGACCGGUAUUUUGGCGCGUCCGUGUCGCUGCGAGUGUGUGUGUGUGUGUGAGGUGUGCUGCGACGGUAACUAUAGCAACAGCUGAUCGACGAGCACACCAAAUUCCAUCCAACGGUGGUGUGCUGCAAACAGCAACACACUUACUCUCUCUCGCUCUCUCUCUCUGUCACACACUCUCGCCCGCUCUCGCGAAUAUCUCUUCGCCGUCUGGUGAGCGACCGCACUCGAGUAACAGAGAGGGCGAUAGUUUGUGGUUGCGCGAGCAAGAAAGAGAGAGAGAGAGAGAGAGAGCGAGCGCACACGCUGUGGGUAAAUUUGUUUGUGCUCGAAUGCGACGAGCGCCAAACAUACGCACACACCCAGCCAUGCUCUGGUUUGUCGGCCCCGUUUGUCGGGUUAGCCUCACUUUUUCACCCCGACUGUGCGGUGGCAUUUCAUUUCAGUUUGAACCGUCGUAACGCGCGCGCGUGUGUGUCCGCCUCUCUCGGUCCGUCCGUGCCCGGAGAGUUUCUGUGUGGCAGCCGAUCGGCUUCCGGCGGCGUUUUGUUAUCCAAGACGGCAGUGUGUGUGCGUGUGUGUGGGGGGUGACUGCGUGUACAGGUUUUACAACACCUUAAACGGAUCAAAACCUGCCCCCGCCCCGGUACACACUUCGUGACAAACACACGCACGAAAAAAGGCACAGUUCUGUGUGCCAGUUGGGCCCAUUUGACACACGGACGUCGUACGUUUUGUCCCAAGGUUUCCCUGGGUUACCUCUCACAGGAGCUGUGCACGCGUGUGUUUCUGUGUCUGCUUGCGUGUGCGCGUGUGUGCGUUUGUUACAUGAUGGAGAAGGAUUCAAACGAUUACGGUGCACACCUUGCUCCAGUGCCGUGAAGAGUGCCCUGUGUUUGAUCCCCCCAUACCCCCAGUUUGUGGUUUAUUUUCACAUCGCCUUUUGGGUGCUGAAGUGUCUGCUGGCGUGUACAAAAAACCGGACACACGCAGUGUGCGGUGUGUGCGUGUGUGCGCUUCCGCUGCGUGGUGUGUGGUGGUACCUGUGGCGUGCGCACGCGGGGCAGUAGGAAAGGAGCAACCUGCCCGACUGUGUGUGCGGCGAACGCGAAAACGGCUUGUGUGUGUGUGCGUGUGUGUACGUUGUGCACGGUGUGCGUUUUUGCGAAAAGUUUUGGAAGUAAAACGUGGCCAACAGACACACACACACGUACGGUGGCCCCCGGAGAAGGGAGGUGGCCGGGGUAAACGCACGCAUUGCAGCCCCCGAGGUGGUGGUGUCCUCCACACAGUGCCAUCGCCGCCGCUGGCUCCGCCAAAACGCAUCACGCUUUUAUUGAAGCGAAAUAACAUAUCGCAGCACCAAGUGUAAUACCAACCAAACCAACCACCACCGCUGCUGCAAUGUGACGGAAUUUGAAGCCCUUCUUGUAUCGGAUGUCCCCGGAAAGGACACUUGAUGAAGACAGCAGCAGCAGCAGCAACAGCAACGACAGUACCAGUGUCCAUCAUCUAAUUGCGGAAGAAUCGAUCGAGGAAGAGUUGCUGGAGGAGGAAACGCUGCUCGAGCCGGCGGAAACGAUCGUCGGAGAUCACGUGACGGUCGAGACGUCGUCGCCGGUGCCAAGCCCCGGCGCGGAAACGACACUGUCCGCCUGCCCGCUCGGUGGCGCUGGUAUGACCGAGGGUCCCGCCGCCAGCAAGGCAACCACCGGCACCAGCAUGGUACUGUCCGCGAUCCCCCUGGACCAGUCCAUCAUGCAUCAGCAAAUUCUGCACCUGCACCAGCAGCAGCACCAGCAGCAGCAGCAACACAGCGUGAACCAUACGAUCAACAACAAUAAUACGAGCUUCAAAAAUCACAACAGUAGCCACGCAGGGAAAAACAUCCUGCUCGGCAACAACAACAACAGUGGCAGUGGCACAGUUACACACCAAAUUGUGCAUCCACACCACCACCAGCAGCAGCAGUCGCAGCACCACCAAACGUACACCAUCAGUCUGGGCAGCAGCAGCGCUGGUAACGGCACCAACCACUACCAAACGGUUACCACGGUAACGUCGAACGGUGCUCCGGUCGUCAACACCACCACCGGAAGUAGCAGCAGCAGCAAUAUGGCGUCCGACCGCAGUGGAACGGCCGGUGCACUCGCACUAGUGACCGGAGGGGCCGCCACCACCGUGGUCAAUGCAGCCGUGCCAUCGUCACCGUCCUCGUCCUCAUCCUCCUCCUCCCCGGCAUCGCUCGGUGCUCCUACCAACAGCAGCGCCGGUGGUGGUAUGCUGGUGGUGACGGAUCGCAACGGAACCGCCACCACGACGACCACGGGCAAGCUGGUGCUGCUGCAUCAGGGGCGCGCGGGCGAAGAUUAUAUAACAACGACGGGCGAAACGAUCAACGGUGGCAACAUCGUGCUGCUGGCAACGGAACAGAUGGACAUGGCCGAGCACGACAUCAUUAACAACAACGUUAUCAUCAGCACCGCGGGUGGCACGACGCGCACCGUCGCGCUGCCCGCCCAUCCCGCCCAUGCGCACGGUGGUUCGCCCGCCGGUUCCGGGCCGCCCGGGAACGGUGACGAGGAGCUCACGUCGUUGUCCUGGUUGCAGGAUAAGAAUUUACUAAAAGGUAUCAACCUGUCCAAAGUGCCAGUCUCAUCGCCCGACAGUCCUAGGCAGGGUGGCGGUACUGCCGCUGCUGGUGGCGUUGCCGGUGGCCGCAUCUCGCCGACCAGUGACUUUGUGGAGGAUUCGUCCAGCAUUUCCGAGGACAACAACUCGUCGGCCAACUCAUCGUCGGCGGAGCAGAGCACGGGCAGCAGCGCCGGUGCGCCGGCUUACUCGACCGAUCCGGCGCCGCCGGGUACGCCCGACCGUCGUACGCCCUCGCAGCAUCUGUACCAGCAUGGGGCCGGCCCGGCGAAGGCAAUCACCACGCUGAACGGGGACACGAUCAUUGGCAUUCCGGUCAUAGCGGUCAAUCAGCAUCACCAUCACGCGCUCGCCGGUAGCAAUGGUAGCGGCAGCAGCACCGUCCAGCAGCAGCAGGUCAUUCUGGAUGGUGGCAAAACGAUGAAGGUGUCGGUGAUGACCAGCCCGUCCCCGGCAGCAGCGUCACCGUUCAUUGUGGCCGGGUCCGCAGCGGCAAGCACGGUACCGUCGGCGUACGGCAUCGUUUCCUCGCCCGUUAGCUCCUCGGUGGCGGCAGCUCCCGUGGCCGCUUCGACACCGCACAGCGCGAAUUCCAACAGUACCGCUAAUAGCAGCGGUACCACUACGAACACCACCACCAGCAGCACUACCACCCCGCAUCAACACUUCCACAAAAAGUAUUUGCGCGAGGAGCUGGUGAAACAGCAGCAGCAGCAACAGCAGCAGCAACAGCAACAGCAACAGCAGCAACAGCAGCAACCACAACAGCAUCAACCAAAUCCAAAAACCGCCACCAUCGGUGGCACAGUCACGCUUAUGUCAACCGGUGGCACUAGCAGCAACAUCUUCGUCACACCGAUGAAACAACUAACAAGCAGGUACGGCAGUGCUGUGAAGUACGAGGAUGACGUGAUCGAGGAUCGCCACUAUCCACCGCCGGCAGCGCCGGUCAAGAACGGCAGCAGCAGUUACGGUGGCAGCAGCAGCACCAUGAGCUCGCCGAAUGUCAGCGGCGAGGAGUACGGCAACAGCGUCGGCAACACCGUGACCGUGUACGGUGGGCUCAACAUGAUCAAACCAUCGCCCGUGUCCUCGCCGACGAUGCUGUCGCCAGCGCACAACGGUAGCACGGGCAACGGUUUAAUUAUCCAGCAUCAUCCAAGUCAUUACCAGUCGCAGCAGCAGCAGCAGCAGCCGAUUGCGACACCUCCACCACAGCAGCAGCAGCAGCAACCGUUACCGCCACCGUCCACCAGCUCGCUGUCCAUGCCGGCAUCGCCCCAAUCGAGCAGUGCCGUCAGCCCGUCGAAGUUAGCUCCGCCGAAGGCAAAGCAUCCGACCAACGUGCCAUACGAUCCGCUUGUACACGUCAACAGCAAGCCACCGUUCAGCUUUAGCUCGCUCAUCUUUAUGGCCAUCGAAAACUCGCAGCAGAAGGCGCUGCCGGUGAAGGAGAUCUACGCCUGGAUCGUGCAUCAGUUCCCGUACUUUAAAACCGCCCCGACCGGCUGGAAGAACAGUGUGCGCCACAAUCUGUCGCUCAACAAGUGCUUCCAGAAGGUGGAAAAGGCUGCGAAUCUCGGCAAAGGCUCGCUGUGGAUGGUGGAGCCGCAGUACCGGCCGAACCUGGUGCAGGCACUGUCGCGCUCGCCGUUCCACGCCGGUUCUGGCAUCGACAAGGCAACGUACAAGAGCAUGCAGCAGCAACGUUCCACCAAUGCCAGCCCGACCGGCAAUGGUGCACACUAUUCCAAGCAGGACAACUUUCCUCAGCUGACUAGCCGGCUGGCGCCGGCCGAUGCACAAAACGGUCUGCUGCAUCAGGACGAUCUGGACGACAUUAGCCGCUCCUCGACACCGAUCGACUACGACGGUGGUGCCAGUGGUGAUCUGGCCCCCGGUGUCGGCGGACCGCCACAUCACAGCCCGUAUCGGCCCCAGCAUCAUCACAUAGCGCACGAGCAGCAGCACCAGCACCCGCUGCCGGCCGUACAUCACGCUCACCAGCAGCUGAUUGCCGUGGCGGGCGGUGGCUUCCAUCGGCACAGCAACGGUUCACCCGAACCGCCCAUGAAUGGGGCGGCGAACGGCGCUACCGGGACCACCACCACCUAUCUGACGACCGCCGACGGUACGACGAUUGUGUCCUGUCCGGGCGGUGUCGUGUACAUGAAUGGGGGCAGUGUGGGUGGCGCCACCAGCCUGCCGAAGGAGCUGGUGGCGGGGCGCGAAUGGAGCGCCGACACGAUAGAGGAUGUGAAUGCCGCCACCGCAAUGCUAGCGCUCAAGCAUGGACCUAAGAUUUUCACCGAAAGCUCGUUCCGCAAUGGCAACCCACCGGUCAUUACCACCUCCCCGAGCGAGGACCACACGUACUCGGCCGGCGGUGUCGGCGUGCAGGAGCAGCUGGCGGUCGCCAAUGGAGCGGCUGCAAACGGCGGCACUGCCGCCGCGGUGGUAGCGAAUGGAUUGAGCUGCUGCUCGUCGUCGGACGAACGGUACGAGCCGCCGCAGCACAGCAAGCACCACCACCACCACCACAACCAUCACCAGCCAGCACCGCAUCAUCACACGGCGAUCCAUCAUGCGCACCAGCCACAGCAGCAUUCGAUCCGGCACAGUGACAACGUCAGCAAUGGCACCUCCUCGGACGCUACGUACGAAAGCAGUGAGGAAAGCCAUCCCGCUCAUGUCGCCUCCGCCGAAGACGUUGAGGAACGCCGCCGCCAGGAAGGUGUGUUCGCGCUGCUCAACCUCGCCCAGAUGACCUACUCGCCCGCCUCGUCCAUGUCCUCGUCCACGUCCACGCUGUCGUCGCCCGCCUCGUCGACGGGUUCGCUGAAGCGUGCCGCACCGGCCAACGGUUCCUCCGACGCGCCGUACGCGCCGCUCCACAACAGCGCGUACCGGCUGCACCCCGCCACCGGUUCGCCCGAUCGCGUCCGAACGGGCUCGCCACAGCUCCCGCCGGCCCACCAACAUCACCAGCAUCUGCACCAUCACCUGCAAGCGAACGGGCAUACUAUGCAUGCCGACCAGCAGCAGCAGCAGGCUGUAAACACUCCUGCCGGCGGCAACAUUCUGCAAACGAUGCCGAUCGUUUCGUACUACGGCGGUGGUGGUGGAGGCAGCACCAGCAGCAGCAGCACCAGCAGUGUCGAUCUAGCCCGCCAGUACGCUUCGCCGCCACCGGCAAAGAAAACCAAACCACGCUCAUCGCUCAAGAAGCUGAAGAAAAAGUCGCUCGGCCGGUAAUGCACUGGGUCGCGCCACCGUUGGCAUCGGCCGCAUCGCUGCUGCGGUACCGUCCCGAUCUGGAACGACUGACAACACACAAACACACACACACACACACACACAUCCGCACCGCUCGCACGCAUCACCGCACUGGGCGGUGCGGUGGGCGGACCCUCUAGAUUCAUCACUGGACGCGCGCACUAAAUUGUUACUAUUGUUGCUGCUCUUAGCGAAGCACACUACUGUUGAAUUCACGUUAAUAUUUUAAAAAGCGAAACUCUCAUCCCCGCGAAAGUAUGGGAGCUGGCGGGGGGGCAGGAAAAAAAAGGAAAAGCUAUAGGAAACGCCAACAAUGUCUUCCAUUGUUCGUUUCCCCGUUUAGAUGUUCUUGUUCGGGUAUUCUAACACUCUAUUGCCUUAUUGAUGUACACACGGCGCACGGCGCAGAGCCGCGAGAGAGAGAGAGAGAAAGAGAGAGGGAACGGUUGCAUGACUUUCGCAAUUGCAAUUGCACGUGUACAGCGCGGCACUGUACAAUGGUACGCAGGACACCACUGUACGGGGAAUGUAUAAAGUGUGAUAACAUGUUGGAACACCUUUGCAUCUGUUUUACCUCGCCAAUCCCAUCUCCUCCCUCUCCACAGGGGGGCCGGUUUCGGCUUGCAACCACCGUACCCGUGCGUGUCUCUUUCUCCUGGCGCAUCUGUUUCAACCACGUUCACCUGCGAACUGUUUUUAAUCCCGUGUUUUAGCUAUCUUUCGUUGCUGUUUUGUGUGUUAGUGGAUCGAUUUUGUGUGCGAAACACGGCACCCCGAUGCAGUAGUAGUAGUAGUAGUAAUAUAGCAGUUAGGUGUUAGGUGGGUGUGUGCGUUGUUUUCGCCACUUGAAAUCAUCAAAGCGGUUCGGUAGAGUUGAACUCUCCUGCGAGAAAAGUAAAAAAACAAACAAGCAACAAAUCUCUAAGAGAGGAAAUUGUAAAUCGUUUUCAAAAAAUGGUUCCCAUCCAGCUGCUGGAAUAGGUUUUCGUUAGACACAGGCCUCCGUUGUACGGAAAGCGGGCGAGAAGCAUGUUAGGAGGAGCAUGUUCGUUAAUGCUUUCGCAAGUUUGUUCACCGAAGCACAAGCAUAGCUUGUUGUCCGAGCUCGUUUUUAGUGGCACCCGUCGGAAGGGUGUUUCCGCUGUUCCCCGUUUAGCGUAGAACACAAUCCUCGCCUUUGCGUAUAGCUUGUUUUGUUAUUUUCUUUUAUUGGGCCGUGUUUUGUAGGUCCUGUUUUCAUCAUGUUUCCAUUACAAUCAACCAUUUGCUUAAUUGUUUUUCGGUUUAGUGUAGUGUAGAGAUGUAGGAACGAUUGUGAGCGGAGUUUUACUAUUUUCCCGCAUAACACGCAUCGGCCACCCCGUGUACAGUGCUCGUUUAGCAAACGAAGCUGCAAGAAGCCAAUCAAUGAAGUUUGUAAUGUAAGAAACCCUUUACCUAACAGCAGCAAGACAAAGAAAAUGAAUGAAGAAAGAGAGAGAGAGAGAGAGAUAGAGCGAGAAAGAGAGAUAGUGAAGGAGAGUGAAAGAUAGAGAGAGAGAGCAGGGGAAAGGUGCGGAAACGCGCAAACCGUAGUCAAAAUGGCACCAAAAUUGCAUUUUUUGUUUGUUUUUAUAUACUUGUUUAACAGUUGUUUCGAUUUUAGUGCUCCGUGUUUAUGUUUGCCCCUAUUUGUUAGCAGUUAUCGAUUACAAAGCAAACGUGUCGUCUAGCCGCGGCGGGGUAGUAUCGAUAUACUACCUUUGAGCGGGGCGAACUUGCUAAGACUAAUUAACGUUAUGUUCUAUGCAUACAUUUAUAUAUCUUUAUAUAUAUAUAUAUAUAUAUACAUCUACAUACAGCUAAGAGAAGAAUAAGAAACGAGUGAUUUAUGAUAUGAUAAGCGAAAAAUAAGUGGAAAGUGAAGGAGUGUGACAGGGGAUCAUCGCCUCCGAAACCGACCGAACCACACCAUAGAAGAAAAAGAAGAAGAAGAAGAAGAAAAAAAGGAAAGUGGUCAACACACAGCACUUAUCUACUCGCGCCUUCAAUAUAGUUAUUCACUUAUCCCCUAACACACCAUUGUCCUACUAUCGAUUAAGAAGAUCCUGACCGAUUUUUGCUAUAAAACCAGACGCGGGGAGAGGCGGUUGGAAGGUGAUGUGUUCGGUCCCCGUCCCCAAACGUGAUGAUAGCGCCAUUUUCCCCCUCCUCCCAAUUUGGGGCGAUGCUUCAAUCAAACUAUUGUUUACGAACGUUAACGUUUAAGGUGUAAUUUGUGCGACGUAAGCCGUUCAAGCGUCAAGCGAGAUGCCAUCGAAGGGGAAGAAGGCCAGCGCCGGUAGGAAGAGAAAAAGAUAAUAGAAAAACGGAUUUCAGUACGGUUUUCCCCCCUCUUUGGAUGACUUUCCCAAUAUCGGUGGAACGCAAACCGUGUAGUAGCGUAAUGAUGUGCGAGAAGCCGGGGUGGUUGAGUUGCUACGUUUAUCUAGUGCUUUACAUACUUCCUUGUUUAAGUUUGACAGUUUGUUUGACUAUUACUACUACUACUAAUUGUAAUAUCACGUAUUUUCACGUACGCCAAUCAUAUGUAGUUGGGUAAGCAAAAGAGAGAGACAGAGAGAGAGA